UCUAACUGAGUUAAAGUUUCGUCUCUUUUUUAGGUUUCUUUUUGUAAUUUAUAUUGUUCUGAGCUUGUGCUUUUUGUGGCAAAAUAUUAAAACGAAUGAGCUUUAUGCCUUUAUCUGAGUACUAUAGUCUAUAAAUGAUUUGAAUAAUUCCAGAAAAGUGGCAAAAAGGUGGCGGGCGAUAUGCAUUCCUCUCAGAAAUGCAAGGCCUUUAAUAGUCCAUGUUUUAUUUUGAAUAUGUUGCUUAAACAGAGGUUAAAUACGCGCAUACAAAAUUAAAAAAAAAAGGUAAGAUUUCUUCUUCUUCCACAUCCCGAGAACACGCGUGGGCUCAUUUUUGUGGGGAAGUCUGGCACAAGGAGGCAUCAUUUCUUCUUCUUCUUCUCAGCUGCAGGCAUCACUAACUCACAGAGCAUUUUUAGUUAUUUUUCUUCCCCAGCAGGACUUCCAUUAGCAGGAAGAGGUGAAAAACGGCGAGACUUUUUUUUUCUCCUUUUUGUCUCCGCGGUGUCUGAGGAUUUCUUGGACAUGAGGGCGUUGAAGAAGUGGAAGAAACGGAGAAGUAAGRGUUAGUUUCUGGAUUCUUUUUAAAAUUUUAUUUAUUUGUUUGUUUCCUGCAUUUUUUGUUAAGACCGAGGGACCGAGCAGCAACUCUCCCCCCCACCACCGACUCUGGCAUCAAACCUUCAACCUUCCUGCCUCGACAGCCCAUGAGACACGGAGUCCUGCAGCUGAAACAACCUGUACCAGCUGACACUAACGAGCAUUCCUCCUCGCGCGGAUUCAUUUUACAACUUCACAACUUUUUCUUUCUUCUUUUUCUCCAAAUACAGUUAAUGUCUCUAUUUUUUUUUCUCGUUAUGACUUUCAUCUGUACGACUCCAGCGGUCACACAUCCCGGGACUUUGUGUCGUUUCUGGCACGUUUUCUCCUUCGGAGCAGUUUGAAAGAGUUGGGAGCCUGAAAUCUCGCCGGCUCUCAUGGGACUCGGGCAUUCGUCGCGUUGUUUGCUGCUGCGGCGGAAGAUGGCGGAGGCGGACAGCUCGGAGCGGCAACAGCCUGUCAUGUCACCCCUCUCCCAGUCUGCCCAGCCCUCCCUGCUGCCCAAACCAGUGCCUGCGACCCACCACGCGCCCUGCGUCCCUCACGCGCCUCGUGUGACAGCGCUGGCCACCUGUCCCGGACGAGGCAAGAUCGCCAAAUUUGUCAGCCCGGAGGAAAUGACAUCAAGGGACUACUACUUCGACUCYUAUGCUCACUUUGGCAUCCACGAGGAGAUGCUGAAAGAUGAAGUGCGGACGCUGACGUACAGGAAUGCCAUGUACCACAACAAGCACGUGUUUAAGGAUAAAAUCGUCCUCGAUGUUGGCAGCGGCACGGGGAUCCUGUCCAUGUUCGCUGCCAAUGCCGGUGCCAAACAUGUGUACGGGAUCGAAUGCUCAAGUAUAUCUGAGUAUUCCGAGAAGAUAAUCAAGUCCAAUCACCURCACAAUGUCAUUACAAUCUUCAAGGGCAAGGUGGAGGAGGUGGAGCUCCCCGUGGAGAAGGUGGACAUCAUCGUCUCGGAGUGGAUGGGUUACUGCCUCUUCUACGAGUCCAUGCUCAACACGGUCAUCUUCGCCAGGGACAAGUGGCUGAAACCUGGAGGUUUGAUGUUCCCCGACAGAGCAGCCCUGUACGUGGUCGCCAUCGAAGACAGGCAGUACAAAGACUUUAAGAUUCACUGGUGGGAAAACGUAUACGGGUUCGACAUGAGCUGCAUUCGAAACGUGGCCAUCAAAGAGCCGCUGGUGGAUGUGGUGGACCCCAAGCAGGUGGUGACUAACGCCUGCCUCAUAAAGGAGGUGGACAUCUACACUGUGAAGCCAGAGGACCUGUCUUUUACCUCAGCCUUCUGUCUGCAGAUCCAGCGUAACGAUUACGUGCACGCACUGGUCACGUAUUUCAACAUAGAGUUCACCAAAUGUCACAAGAAGACCUGUUUCUCCACCGCUCCAGAUGCUCCCAGCACACACUGGAAGCAGACUGUGUUUUAUUUAGAAGACUAUCUAACUGUCAAGAAGGGAGAAGAGAUCUUCGGGAGCAUCGCUGUUCGACCCAAUGAGAAGAAUGUGCGUGACCUGGAGUUCACCCUCGAGCUAGACUUUAAAGGACAACUAUGUGAAGCUGCCAUUUCCCAUGACUACAAAAUGCGUUAGGAAUAAAAUAAAACGAGACGCCAGUGCGGAGCUGCCCUCGGCCCACCUGGAGACAACCUGAGAGGAGGAGGAGCUCAAAGGUUCUUAAACACGCUGGUCAGACUGACACGUCUGACGUGAGGCUUUCAAGCCAACAGGGAUGUGAUCAGAAUAAGGAAUUCUCAGCAAUAGUGCCAUCACAUGGUCGACCGGAGCACAGGACUGAAUGUAACGUCUUACAAGUACUUGAGUUUUUUUCCCUUCAGCUUUACUUUCAGUAUUUAAAAAAAUCACAAAGUUCUUAUAUCUUUACUGCAAAUUGGAAUUCACUGAUCUGUGUGAUGUUGAGAGUCACUUAGUGUUUUGGUAAAAAUGGAGUUUGUCACAAAAUAGCUCUAAAUAAAACUGAAUCUGCUCUCUUUGUUUAGAAACUUAAAAAGCUGCUUUAGGUGAAUAAGAGGCAAAAGCAUGAUGUAGAAAAACUUGUUAGCUUUAACUAACUGUCACAGCCUUUUGAGAACGAUUUGUUUCAUUGACGAGGUGUCUUUGAACGCACCGUAAAGCCACUAAUAAGGCAGCUAUAUCAACCACAAGCGUGAUUUAUAAACGGAGAGAGCAGAUUCGUGACGCAGCUCAAUAGCACGUGGUACAUGUCUGAUUUAAUGGUUUCAUUAAGAUGCAACGUUGUCGUUUCAUUUAUUUCUGAUCACAUCUGAUCGUAGUUCAGAACCGAUGUGCUCUGGCACCGUAACGCAGGAAACUGUCUCAACACAGAUGCAAAAAACACGGAGACGAAUGAAUAGAACAUAAAAAAUAUGAAUGUGAUGAUGAAUAAAAUGUCUGCAAUA